AUCCUAGGGUCUCCCUCCCAGGAGGAUCUGAACUGCAUCAUCAACAUCAAGGCCAGGAACUACCUGCUGUCUCUCCCGCAGCGCUGCAAGGUCCCCUGGAACCGCCUCUUCCCCAACGCCGACCCCAAAGCUCUGGACCUGCUGGACAAGAUGUUGACCUUUAACCCCAACACGAGGAUCGCGGUGGAGGCGGCUCUGGCUCACCCUUACCUGGAGCAGUACUACGACCCUACAGAUGAGGUAAUGAACCCUGACCCUAACCCUGAUUAACUCUUACCUGGAGCAGUCUAUGACCCUACAGAUGGGGUAUUUGUCAGAAAUCAGUAGUCGAUCAAAAAUGUAAUUGGAUUAGAUUUUAGGAAUGUCCCAAAUGUCCUUGACCAAUGAUGAUAUGUAACUAACUAGUCUCUCCUGUUGUAUUAAUUCAGUAAUCUCCAUCUCCUGCUCUAACCCCUAACCCUGUAGCAGAGACUCUAACCCUGUAGCAGAGAGACUCUAACCCUGUAGCAGAGACUCUAACCCUGUAGCAGAGACUCUAACCCUGUAGCAGAGACUCUAACCCUGUAGCAGAGACUCUAACCCUGUAGCAGAGACUCUAACCCUGUAGCAGAGACUCUAACCCUGUAGCAGAGAGACUCUAACCCUGUAGCAGAGACUCUAACCCUGUAGCAGAGACUCUAACCCUGUAGCAGAGACUCUAACCCUGUAGCAGAGAGACUCUAACCCUGUAGCAAGAGACUCUAACCCUGUAGCAGAGAGACUCUAACCCUGUAGCAGAGACUCUAACCCUGUAGCAGAGAGACUCUAACCCUGUAGCAGAGACUCUAACCCUGUAGCAGAGAGACUCUAACCCUGUAGCAGCGAGACUCUAACCCUGUAGCAGAGACUCUAACCCUGUAGCAGAGAGACUCUAACCCUGUAGCAGAGACUCUAACCUCCUGUCUCUCUCUUAGCCUGUAGCAGAGAGACUCUAACCUCCUGUCUCUCUCUUAGCCUGUAGCAGAGACUCUAACCUCCUGUCUCUCUCUCUUAGCCUGUAGCAGAGACUCUAACCUCCUGUCUCUCUCUCUUAGCCUGUAGCAGAGACUCUAACCUCCUGUCUCUCUCCUAGCCUGUAGCAGAGACUCUAACCUCCUGUCUCUCUCUCUCUCUCUUAGCCUGUAGCAGAGACUCUAACCUCCUGUCUCUCUCUCUUAGCCUGUAGCAGAGACUCUAACCUCCUGUCUCUCUCUUAGCCUGUAGCAGAGACUCUAACCUCCUGUCUCUCUCUGUUAGCCUGUAGCAGAGACUCUAACCUCCUGUCUCUCUCUCUCUCUUAGCCUGUAGCAGAGACUCUAACCUCCUGUCUCUCUCUCUCUCUCUUAGCCUGUAGCAGAGACUCUAACCUCCUGUCUCUCUCUCUCUCUCUUAGCCUGUAGCAGAGACUCUAACCUCCUGUCUCUCUCUUAGCCUGUAGCAGAGACUCUAACCUCCUGUCUCUCUCUUAGCCUGUAGCAGAGACUCUAACCUCCUGUCUCUCUCUCUGUUAGCCUGUAGCAGAGACUCUAACCUCCUGUCUCUCUCUCUCUCUUAGCCUGUAGCAGAGACUCUAACCUCCUGUCUCUCUCUCUCUGUUAGCCUGUAGCAGAGACUCUAACCUCCUGUCUCUCUCUCUCUGUUAGCCUGUAGCAGAGACUCUAACAUCCUGUCUCUCUCUCUGUUAGCCUGUAGCAGAGACUCUAACAUCCUGUCUCUCUCUCUCUCUUAGCCUGUAGCAGAUACUCUAACCUCCUGUCUCUCUCUCUCUCUCUUAGCCUGUAGCAGAGACUCUAACCUCCUGUCUCUCUCUCUGUUAGCCUGUAGCAGAGACUCUAACCUCCUGUCUCUCUCUCUCUUAGCCUGUAGCAGAGACUAACCUCCUCUCUCUCUCUGUUAGCCUGUAGCAGAGACUCUAACCUCCUGUCUCUCUCUUAGCCUGUAGCAGAGACUCUAACCUCCUGUCUCUCUCUGUUAGCCUGUAGCAGAGACUCUAACCUCCUGUCUCUCUCUCUCUUAGCCUGUAGCAGAGACUCUAACCUCCUGUCUCUCUCUCUCUUAGCCUGUAGCAGAGACUAACCUCCUCUCUCUCUCUGUUAGCCUGUAGCAGAGACUCUAACCUCCUGUCUCUCUCUUAGCCUGUAGCAGAGACUCUAACCUCCUGUCUCUCUCUGUUAGCCUGUAGCAGAGACUCUAACCUCCUGUCUCUCUCUCUCUUAGCCUGUAGCAGAGGCUCCCUUCAAGUUUGACAUGGAGCUGGAUGAUCUACCCAAAGAGACCCUGAAGGAGCUGAUCUUUGAAGAGACGGCACGCUUCAAAACAGUCUGCAGGUCCUAACCGAUACACACAGGUACAAACAGCAUAUUCAAAUCCCAACUCACUCUACAGUAAAAACAACAGAACAAAUAUUAGACUGGUAGGGGAUCAUGAAAUCAUUAUUUACAGCGCUUUUAAAAUCCCAACCCACUCUACAGUUAAAGCAACAAGAGGCAUGUCUGCCUGGGCGUUCUGGAAGCCAGCUUUGACUGUACUCUGGAUCAGACAUGACGCAAGAAUGUAGACUUUAUUCACAAUUCUCUUAGCACCUGUCUAAUAAUCUCAGAUCUCCACAAAUGCGGAGGGUCCAGGGGUCCAUUUGGGAGGGUCCAGGGGUCCAUUUGGGAGGGUCUAGGGGUCCAUUUGGGAGGGUCUAGGGGUCCAUUUGGGAGGGUCUAGGGGUCCAUUUGGGAGGGUCUAGGGGUCCAUUUGGGAGGGUCUAGGGGUCCAUUUGGGAGGGUCCAGGGGUCCAUUUGGGAGGGUCCAGGGGUCCAUAUGGGAGGGUCCAGGGGUCCAUAUGGGAGGGUCCAGGGGUCCAUUUGGGAGGGUCUAGGGGUCCAUUUGGGAGGGUCCAGGGGUCCAUUUGGGAGGGUCCAGGGGUCCAUUUGGGAGGGUCCAGGGGUCCAUUUGGGAGGGUCUAGGGGUCCAUUUGGGAGGGUCCAGGGGUCCAUUUGGGAGGGUCUAGGGGUCCAUUUGGGAGGGUCCAGGGGUCCAUUUGGGAGGGUCCAGGGGUCCAUUUGGGAUUGAUGUAGAGUCAGGAGCUCAUCAGUAACUAAAGCGAUAAUAGUUUUUCUAACUAAUGACAGACAGCAAGAUAACCUGUUUAACGCCACCCCUCCAUAGUUGGCAUGGCUGUCGUUUGUGAGCAGAUCCUCCAGUGUAUACCGCUGGGUGCAAACUGAUGAAAUAGUGUACAUUCUACCCACACGGGCGAGAAUCGGUCGUCCCAAACAUGCGCACCCAAUCGGUCGUCCCAAACACGCGCACCCAAUCGGUCGUCCCAAACACGCGCACCCAAUCGGUCGUCCCAAACACGCGCACCCAAUCGGUCGUCCCAAACACGCGCACCCAAUCGGUCGUCCCAAACAUGCGCACCCAAUCUUCUUCCCCCAGACAAGUGCAGUACAUCACCUGUAAUGAGAGAAGGGGAGAACACAGACGCCCUGAAUCCCUAAUCAACACCUAGGCCUAGACCCGAUCUCCCCGAUCUGAUCUGAGAGGAUAGGAAAGCUAUAUGAUGGAAGAAAAGCGAGGUGUACGUGAACUACUGCCGGGGUUUUGUAGUGAUGGAGUAGAGUGCCUCUGCACCAGAGUAUCACCCCUCAGGAGACUGAAAAGAUAUGUCAUGGGUCCCCAGAUCCUCAAAAAGUUAUACAGCUGCCCUGUCGAGAGCAUCCUGACCGGUUGCAUCACCGCCUGGUAUGGCAGCUGCUCGGCAUCCGACCGUAAGGCGCAACAGAGGGUAGUGCGUACAGCCCAGUACAUCACUGGGGCCAAGCUUCCUGCCAUCCAGGACCUCUAUACCAGGCGGCGCUUCCAUCCAUGACCUACAGUGCCUUGCAAAAGUAUCCAUCCCCCUUGGCCUUUUUCCUAUUUUGUUGCAUUACAACCUGUAAUUGAAAUACAUGAAAUCUAAAUAAAAAUCUAAUGGACAUACACAAAAUAGUCCAAAUUGGUGAAGUGAAAUGAAAAACAAACACUUGUUUCAAAAAAUUCUAAAAAAUAAAUAACGGAAAGGUGGUGAGUGCAUAUGUAUUCACCCCCUUUGCUAUGAAGCCCCUAAAUAAGAUCUGGUGCAACCAAUUACCUUCAGAAUCACAUAAUUAGUUAAAUAAAAUCCACCUGUGUGCAAUCUAAGUGUCACAUGAUCUGUCACAUGAUCUCAGUAUAUAUAUGAAAGGCCUCAGAGUCUGCGACACCACUAAGCAAGGGGCACCACCAAGCAAGCGGCACCAUGAAGACCAAGGAGCUCUCCAAACAGGUCAGGGACAAAGUUGUGGAGAAGUACAGAUCAGGGUGGGUUAUAAAAAAAAUAUUAGAAACUUUGAACAUCCCACUGAGCACCAUUAAAUCAUCAUAAAAAAAUGGAAAGAAUAUGGCACCACAACAAACCUGCCAAGAGAGGGCCGCCCACCAAAACUCACGGACCAGGCAAGGAGGGCAUUAAUCAGAGGCAACAAAGAGACCAAAGAUAACCCCCGUGUAGCUCAGUUGGUAGAGCAUGGCGCUUGUAACGCCAGGGUUGUGGGUUCGUUUCCCACGGGGGGCCAGUAUGAAAAAAUGUAUGCACCCACUAACUGUAAGUCGCUCUGGAUAAGAGCGUCUGCUAAAAUGUAAAAAUGUAAAUAACGCUGAAGGAGCUGUAAAGCUCCACAGUGGAGAUUGGAGUAUCUGUCCAUAGGACCACUUUAAGUCGUACACUCUACAGAGCUGGGCUUUACGGAAGAGUGGCCAGAAAAAAGCCAUUGCUUAAAGAAAGAAAUAAGCAAACACGUGUGGGAGACUCCCCAAACAUAUGGAAGAAGGUACUCUGGUCAGAUGAGACUAAAAUUGAGCUUUUUGGCCAUCAAGGAAAAUGCUAUGUCUGGCGCAAACCCAACACCUCUCAUCACCCCGAGAACACCAUCCCUACAGUGAAGCAUGGUGGUGGCAGCAUCAUGCUGUGGGGAUGUUUUCCAUCGGCAGGGACUGGGAAACUGGUCAGAAUUGAAGGAAUGAUGGAUGGAGCUAAAUACAGGGAAAUUAUUGAGGGAAACCUGUUUCAGUCUUCCAGAGAUUUGAGGCUGGGAUGGAGGUUCACCUUCCAGCAGGACAAUGACCCUAAGCAUACUGCUAAAGCAAUACUUGAGUGGUUUAGGGGAAACAUUUAAAUAUCUUGGAAUGGCCUAGUCAAAGCCCAGACCUCAAUCCAAUUGAGAAUCUGUGGUAUGACUUAAAGAUUGCUGUACACCAGCGGAACCCAUCCAACCUUGAAGGAGCUGGAGCAGUUUUGCCUUGAAGAAUGGGCAGAAUCCCAGUGGCUAGAUGUGCCAAGCUUAUAGAGACAUACCCCAAGAGACUUGCAGCUGUAAUUGCUGCAAAAGGUGGCUCUACAAAGUAUUGACUUUGGGGUUAACGCUCAAGUUUUCUGUUUUUUUGUCUUAUUUCUUGUUUGUUUUACAAUAAAAAUAUUUUGCAUCUUCAAAGUGGUAGGCAUGUUGUGUAAAUCAAAUGAUACAAAUCCCCCAAAAAUCCAUUUUAAUUCCAGGUUGUAAGGCAACAAAAUAGGAAAAAUGCCAAGGGGGUGAAUACUUUCUCAAACCACUGUGUGUGUAUAUGUGUGUGUGCAUAUAUAUAUAUAUAUAGUUGAAGUCGGAAGUUUACAUACACUUAGGUUGGAGUCAUUAAAACCCGUUUUUCAACCACUACACAAAUUUCUUGUUAACAAACUAUAGUUUUAGCAAGUCGGUUAGGACAUUUACUUUGUGCAUGACACGUAAUUUUUCCAACAAUUGUUUACAGACAGAUCAUUUCACUUAAUUCACUAUAUCACAAUUCCAGUGGGUCAGAAGUUUUACUGUGCCUUUAAACAGCUUGGAAAAUUCCAGAAAAUGAUGUCAUGGCUUUAGAAGCUUCUGAUAGGCUAAUUGACAUAAUUUGAGUCAAUUGGAGGUGUAUCUGUGGAUGUAUUUCAAGGCCUACCUACAAACUCAGUGCCUCUUUGCGUGACAUCAUGGGAAAAUCAAAAGAAAUCAGCCAAGACCUUCACAAGUCUGGUUCAUCCUUGGGAGCAAUUUCCAAACGCCUGAAGGUACCACGUUCAUCUGUACAAACAAUAGUACGCAAGUAUAAACACCAUGGGACCACGCAGCCGUCAUACCGCUCAGGAAGGAGACGCGUUCUGUCUCCGAGAGAUGAACGUACUUUGGUGCGAAAAGCGCAAAUCAAUCCUAGAACAACAGCAAAGGACCUUGUGAAGAUGCUGGAGGAAACGGGUACAAAGGUAUCUAUAUCUGGGGCUGUUUUUCAUGGUUUCAUGGUUGUGGCAACAGUUUGGAGAAGGCCCUUUCCUGAAGAUGCUGGAGGAAACCGGUACAAAAGUAUCUACAGUGAGGGAAAAAAGUAUUUGAUCCCCUGCUGAUUCUGUACGUUUGCCCACUGACAAAGACAUGAUCAGUCUAUAAUUUUAAUGGUAGGAUUAUUUGAACAGUGAGAGACAGAAUAACAACAAAAAAAUCUAGAAAAACGCAUGUCAAAAAUGUUAUAAAUUGAUUUGCAUUUUAAUGAGAGAAAUAAGUAUUUGACCCCUCUGCAAAAUUUAACUUAGUACUUGGUGGCAAAACCCUUGUUGGCAAUCACAGAGGUCAGACGUUUAUUGUAGUUGGCCACCAGGUUUGCACACAUCUCAGGAGGGAUUUUGUUCCACUCCUCUUUGCAGAUCUUCUCCAAGUCAUUAAGGUUUCGAGGCUGACGUUUGGCAACUCGAACCUUCAGCUCCCUCCAUAGAUUUUCUAUGGGAUUAAGGUCUGGAGACUGGCUAGGCCACUCCAGGACCUUAAUGUGCUUCUUCUUGAGCCACUCCUUUGUUGCCUUGGCCGUGUGUUUUGGGUCAUUGUCAUGCUGGAAUACCCAUCCACGACCCAUUUUCAACAGUGUGUGAAAACCUUGUGAAGACUUACAGAAAACGUUUGACCUGUGUCAUUGCCAACAAAGGGUAUAUAACAAAGUAUUGAGAAACUUUUGUUAUUGACCAAAUACUUAUUUUCCACCAUAAUUUGCAAAUAAAUUCAUAAAAAAUCCUACAAUGUGAUUUUCUGGAUUUGUUUUUCUCAAUUUGUAUGUCAUAGUUGAUGUGUACCUAUGAUGAAAAUUACAGGCCUAUUUCAUCUUUUUAAGUGGGAGAACUUGCACAAUUGGUGGCUGACUAAAUACUUUUUUCCACCACUGUAUGUAUAUGCUGGGGAAAAAAUAUAUUGGGGAUUGGAAGUGAUGCAGACAAUUACAUUGAUGGAAGUUACAAUCUAUCUGCAAUAUUAAAGCUGAUCUAACACCUAAAAAAAAAGUGAACCUAUUGGUAGAAUAAAAUUAUUCCAUAACAUGCAUCCUGUUUGCAACACUAAAGUAAUACUGCAAAAAAUUAGCAAAGCAAUUCACUUUUUGUCCUGAAUACAAAGUGUUAUGUUUGGGGCAAAUCCAAUACAACACGUUACUGAGUACCCCUCUCCAUAUUUUCAAGCAUAGUGGUGGCUGCAUCAUGUUCUGGGUAUGCUUGUAAUCGUAAAGGACUGGGGAGUUUUUCAGGAUAAAAAAAAAAUUAACGGAGGUAAGCACAGGCAAAAUCCUAGAGGAAACCCUGGUUCAGUCUGCUUUCCAACAGACACUGGGAGAUGAAUUCACCUUUCAGCAGGACAAUAACCUAAAACACAAGGCCAAAUCUACACUGGAGUUGCUUACCAAGAAGACAGUGAAUGUUCCUGAGUGGCCGAGUUACAGUUUUGACUUAAAUCUACUUGAAAAUCUAUGGCAAGACUUGAAAAUGGUUGUCUAGCAAUGAUCAACAUACAAUUUGACAGAGAUUGAAGAUUUUUGAAAAGAAUAAUGGGCAAAAGUUUCACAAUCCAGGUGUGGAAAGCUCUUAGAGACUUACCCAGAAAGACUCACAACUGUAAUCGCUGCCAAAGGUGCUUCUACAAAGUAUUGACUCAGGGGUGUGAUUGGGAGUCCCACAGGGCGGCGCACAAUUGGCCCAGCGUCGUCCGGGUUUGGCCGGUGUAGGCCGUCAUUGUAAAUAAGAAUUUGUUCUUAACUGACUUGCCUAGUUAAAUAAAGGUUAAAUAUUUUUUUUAUAAUUUGUUUUCCCCUCACCCAUCUACACACAAUACCCCAUAAUGACAAUCUAUUUAAUCAAUUUAGAAUUCAGGCAAAAUGUGGAAUAAGUCAAGGGGUGUGAAUACUUUCCGAAGGUACUGUGCUGGUUAUGAUGGAGCCAUCUGCUAAUCAAACAUGAGAUAAUCAAUGGCAGAAUGUUAAUAUGUCUGUCUUACCUCCUGAUGUGAUUUUUAGAAGCUUGGCUCGCAUUUCUGGUGUUGCUGAAAACACCCCUAGGUCCACACCACAACAGCCUGGUGUUGAUAGAAGGACGGAGGGUAAAGAAACUAUCAUGUGAAGUCCUUUCCCUUUAGAAUAUACAUUUAGUUCCACAAUCUCCACACAUCUUUGAGUAGGUAGGUGGAACACGCAGAGCAAACUUGGUCCUUCUUACUGUGGUCUGUGCUUGUCAGACCUUUUUCUUGAAAAGGGGGAGCCAGUCUUGAGGAAACUACAGCCAUCCAUGUUCCCUGUGGAAUCUAUAAGGCAGAUCUCUUUUUUUUUCUAGGUGUGGUGUGGAUGCAGUGGGGAACAUAGGUCACAAGGGGAGUGUCACCAUAGAGAAAACAUCCCUGUAUUGUUCCCAUUAUGGCGUCUGUGAGAUCAUGGGUAGCGCCAUUGAGGCCGUCUCCAUUUUGAGGUAGUCCAUUUUCUUCUUCUACUACUUCUUUGAGUUGGCAAACAAACUGAAAGGGUGCAUACUGCCACCUGGUGGGUGCUGUUUGAACAGGUAUAAAGCUAAGAUUUACUGCCACCUGGAGGGUGCUGUUUGAACAUGUAUAAAGCUAAGAUUUACUGCCACCUGGAGGGUGCUGUUUGAACAAGUAUAAAGCUAAGAUUUACUGCCACCUGGAGGGUGCUGUUUGAACAAGUAUAAAGCUAAGAUUUACUGCCACCUGGAGGGUGCUGUUUGAACAAGUAUAAAGCUAAGAUUUACUGCCACUGGAGGGUGCUGUUUGAACAAGUAUAAAGCUAAGAUUUACUGCCACCUGGAGGGUGCUGUUUGAACACGUAUAAAGCUAAGAUUUACUGCACCUGGAGGGUGCUGUUUGAACAAGUAUAAAGCUAAGAUUUACUGCCACCUGGAGGGUGCUGUUUGAACAAGUAUAAAGCUAAGAUUUACUGCCACCUGGAGGGUGCUGUUUGAACAAGUAUAAAGCUAAGAUUUACUGCCACUUGGAGGGUGCUGUUUGAACUAGUAUAAAGCUAAGAUUUACUGCCACCUGGAGGGUGCUGUUUGAACAGGUAUAAAGCUAAGAUUUACAGCCACCUGGAGGGUGCUGUUUGAACAGGUAUAAAGCUAAGAUUUACUGCCACCUGCAGUUACGGAAUGUUUGCUCACCAGUAUAAUGAAUUGGCUGAUCCCUCCUGAUGACCUGGAUGGAAUCAUGUGAUCCUUCCUUAACCAAUAGGAAGUCUCACCCAGUAGACUACUUCUAAAUGGUGAAAGUCCUCAAUGGUGCUUCCCAUGCUAAUACAGGCUUUUGGCCACUAGAGGCCUCUAUCGUUCUCUGAGUGUCACAGACUAGAUGUUUCCACCUUUGCACAAUUCUAGAAGUAGUUUGAAAACAGCCUCUCUAAUGGUGGACCCAGCCUCUCUAAUGGUGGACCCAGCCUCUCUAAUGGUGGACCCAGCCUCUCUAAUGGUGGACCCAGCCUCUCUAAUGGUGGACCCAGCCUCUCUAAUGGUGGACCCAGCCGGCCUAAUGGUGGACCCAGCCGGCCUAAUGGUGGACCCAGCCACUCUAAUGGUGGACCCAGCCUCUCUAAUGGUGGACCCAGCCUCUCUAAUGGUGGACCCAGCCUCUCUAAUGGUGGACCCAGCCUCUCUAAUGGUGGACCCAGCCUCUCUAAUGGUGGACCCACUCUCUCUAAUGGUGGACCCAGCCUCUCUAAUGGUGGACCCAGCCGGCCUAAUGGUGGACCCAGCCGGCCUAAUGGUGGACCCAGCCGGCCUAAUGGUGGACCCAGCCUCUCUAAUGGUUGACCCAGCCGGCCUAAUGGUGGACCCAGCCUCUCUAAUGGUGGACCCAGCCUCUCUAAUGGUGGACCCAGCCGGCCUAAUGGUGGACCCAGCCUCUCUAAUGGUGGACCCAGCCUCUCUAAUGGUGGACCCAGCCGGCCUAAUGGUGGACCCAGCCUCUCUAAUGGUGGACCCAGCCUCUCUAAUGGUGGACCCACCUCUCUAAUGGUGGACCCAGCCGGCCUAAUGGUGGACCCACCUUCUCUAAUGGUGGACCCAGCCUCUCUAAUGGUGGACCCAGCCUCUCUAAUGGUGGACCCAGCCUCUCUAAUGGUGGACCCAGCCUCUCUUAUAUACUCCUGUCUAAACAAACAUUCCUUGUGCCAACUUGUGGUACGUUUUAAUCAAACAACUUUGGUCAAUCUUUCUCCAUAACAUUACAACUAAUAACACUAAUAACACUAAUCCUGACAAAGAUAUUCAUAGAAUACAAUCUAACACCAAUCAGAUCAUGUUGAAUGCUUAAUAUGAAGUUAAACUAGCUAGCUAACUAUUAUAUUCCAGAUAUUAGCUAAGAGAUUUUCAAAGUUGUCUCACCUCACAGUAAUGUUAGUGUUUGUAGCAUUUGCAGCAUCCAAGCUUGCUAAAAUAUCGAGUUUUGCAAGUAAUGAACAUUUGUUAAAAUUAUGUUUGUACUUUAUCCAACAAUAAUGCGCCAAAUUUAAAGCUGAAACAUCUCAUAAAAAGGUAAAUAACUCGGGUCUUUUCAUGGCAUCUUCGCCUGUCUUUAAAUGGCAUGCGCCUGGAUGAGGCGACCCGAACCGAUCCAGUCACCGCUCUCAUCCUGACGACCAAUGACGCUGAUGUAUUAGGCUGGCAUAUGCACCUAGCGGAAAAGGGGGAGUGGUUUUGGUAUAGAGGAAAUAAAGAUUAGCUCUGGACAGGAUGGAUCUCUUUCUCUGUUUAACAGAUCUCUUUCUCCUCUCGCCCUCUCCACAGAUCAGACUCUGGACUCCUCUCUUCUCUCCACCUCUCCGCCAUGUGCUGUGGUUCCUCCUGUCUUCAGCAUUUCCUGUAUCCUCCCUCCCUCCCUCCCUCCCUACC